GAAAAUAAUAAUAAAUUAUUGUUAGGUUAUGUUGUCAUAAUUUUUAUAGUUUGUAAAACUGUGAUUUUAUAACUAAUAAUGAUACCCAAAAACUUAUUUCUUAAACGCUCAUGUCCAUUAAUAAUGCAAAUUGCGGAAACUCAUCGUAAGCCGAGAUGGUUGCCUGUAGCGAAAAGCAAAAUAUAUCGCAUCCCCAAACGGCCUGAAGUAUCAGAAGAGGAGCGAUUAGAGUUACUAAGAAUAAACAACAAUUAUAAAACCCAAAUGCGUGCAAUACGACGAUUUUAUCAUGAAGAAAUGAUAAAUGAAAAGUCAUCCUUACAGAGCGCCAGCUCAGAGAUGUCUCAGCAAUUGGAAGCGGAUGAAUGGGAAAAGUGCGUACAAAUUAAUGAAAAAUGGAACGCACAAGUAGCUGCAGAGAGAGAACAAAGACGAAAAAUAGAGCUGGCAGCGAUGGAGGAUUAUGCACUUAAGAGAAUCGAAGCAAAAGACAAGGAAUUUAAGGGGAGAAUAGCAAGAGCGUCAGCUGAAAUCAGACGUGAAAAGGAAUUAAGUUCAACAUUUAUAACACCAGAUAAUCUUGAAGCAGCUAUAGAUCACGCUCUAGCUAACCCUGUGGACUACAAUUAUGCUAUUGAUUUGAGAGGUAACAUAGUUUCUGGAAGAGACACACCAAUAGUAAAACCAGAAAAGAAGGAUCAGGCAGUUGCCUAAUAUUUUAGUGUUAUGUUUAGUUAAAAUUUGUCAUAAACUUUCAUUUUGUUAAUGAAUGC